AUGGGUGGUAACACAGAAUACCUAGCCGGCUACGGUCAACUCUCCCUUGGGCAAGCUGUUCACAUCGCACAAAAUAGUGAAGGUGGUGUCGACCAACAUCUUGCUCAAUUCCUCGAGAAGAGGUUAGCGGACGUUUGGGCAAAACUCAACGCUGAACCCACAUCAUACAUCCUUCCGGCAGACGAAUUCGCUCUCCUCAACUACUACCGGCCACGCUUCGGCGACUCUGUGGUUGUCAAAGACGCGACAAAACGAUUCUGGGACAAUCACAAAGAUUAA